GGGUGGUGGAGUCACCGUCACCCAAACUGGUCACACCACCGUCGACAUACUGCCUGCUGGGAUGAGGCUCACCACCGGAGAACCACAGAGAUUGUUACAAAUCUGAGAUCAAUCACAAUCUCAGCGAUAAAUCGGCGAAACGACCAGUAACCAACAUUCAGUUAGUAGGAGCAGGGAGGACAGAGGCGCGCUGCCAAAAUGAUGGAAGAAAUAGAUAGAUUUCAAGUGCCGAGUGCCGUGCAGGAGGCGGAGAUGCAGGCUGAGAUGCAGCCGCUGGACCCUGCCUCAUCCACAGCCUCAGAGGCGGACUCAGACACCAGAGAGGGGGAACCCGUCACUAUCAACUACAAGCCCUCCCCCCUGCAGAUGAAAAUAGAGAAACAGAGAGAGCUGGCUAGGAAGGGCUCAUUGAAGAACGGCAACACUGUAGGUAGUCCAGUCAACCAGCAGCCCAAGAAGAACAACGUAAUGGCCAGAACACGGUUGGUAGUGCCCAAUAAAGGCUAUUCCUCUUUAGACCAGAGCCCAGAUGAGAAGCCCUUAGUGGCCCUAGACACAGACAGCGAUGAUGACUUUGACAUGUCUAGAUAUUCAUCAUCGGGAUACUCCUCUGCUGAGCAAAUCAACCAGGAUCUGAACAUCCAGCUGCUGAAGGAUGGUUACCGCCUAGACGAGAUCCCGGAUGAUGAGGACCUGGAUCUGAUCCCGCCCAAAUCAGUCAACCCCACCUGCAUGUGCUGCCAGGCAACCUCCUCCACCACCUGUCAAAUACAGUAACCCUACCCCGCUCCAACCCCUUUACCCCUUCCCUUUCCACACAACAUAACCCCUGAUCUUCAUCUGCUGUGAGUUUACUUCGCCGCCAGAGCGGCGACAGUUAAGCAUUGGUAGAAUAUUGUAAUGACAGUUAAGUGCUAUGACGAUAAUGACAAUGACAAAUAAUCAAAUUAACAUGUAGAGAGUUUGGUUUAAAACUAGGAGAAGGAAAAUGUGAAAAUAUUCAAUAUGUAUUUAAAAUAUGAGUUAAAGUGGUGGUUUCCUCCUAUGGUAGGACGUGCACUUGUGUUUGAGAGCCUUUCUCCUGGUGAACAUGAUGUAACAUAACACACUGAUAAUAGUAGACAGGAAACAAAAGGUCAAUUGAUGCUAUAAAGUGAUUUCCAUUUCCCUAAAGAACAAGAAACAUUAUCAUUACCGCUGACUCAACUGCUCUGCUUGCCUGAAUUCUGGGUUCCAUUUUUGCAAUUUUUAUUCAAGUUUUUAUUUGAAAGCUUACUUUUUUAAACCUGAGGCAUCAAUAUCAAAGUAUGUGUUGAAGAGAUAUUUGAGAAGUGUGGACUGCGGUCUUGGUUCUGGUGCGGUAAUCAUCGUACUGUACAGGGUUGUUAUGUAGCACAGGCCAGGUCGUUACACUCAUUCACGCCACCUUCAACACUCCCCGCCUUUGGCUUUCUUUGCAGUACUGGUUUGAGAUGUUUCAGUACAGAGUUUAGGGAUGAAUGUAUGAAAAUGAAUGGCUGAGGAACAAAUUGCAUGAAGAGCACCAGACUAAAUAAUUGAAUGGAAAAUAAUAAAUAAAUAGCCUGUUGCACAUUUGAUUUUUUUCCCCCCAUUUCUACUGUGCAAUCACAUGCUACUGUUGUGGCUCUAGCUUGACAUGUAUUUAUUUAUUUUGGGGCCAUGUCUUUGUACUCUUUCCUGCAUAGCAGUGACAGUGUCUUAUCUGAAAUGAACUGUGUCAAAAGGGAAGAUUACAUAUCGUUGCACCGACCCUCUAACACAUGAUGCUCACAUGUCUUAUCAAGGCCAAAGGGAUUAUGGGGCACGUAGGAUAGUUUUUUCAGUGCAUUCUGUUGUUACCUCCACUAUAUAUUUUCUCUGUGUCACAGAACCUGACGAUCACCAGACACUCCUUCCUUCCCAUUUCUACUUUCACACUACAGAUCAUCAAGGAGCACACAGGUUCAGACACCACAAAGAUUUACCCUUUCUUCUCACAUAUGCAUAUGCAUGCAUACAGACAUAACAAUGCCAACAUAAAGAGUGAGGUGGCAUCUUAUUUGCCUUAUUUGAAUAAUAGGUCGGAAAUCGUUUUGUAAUUACAACAUCAAGGAUCGUUGACUUGGAGCACUAAUAUUCCUUCAUUUACAACCUCUGACUCCCUUAAAUCAGUUGAUUAUUUGCAAUUAGAGUAUGCCUUAAGUACGGAGAAGUUUAAAAGACGUGUGUAUUUAUUGCCAUCUUGAUGAUUUAGUUUAUUUGAAAGAACAUUUGCUGUCUUUUAAGGUGUUUUUUUUUUUACAUUUAGACACAGGUGAUGCUUAUUUUUCUUUGGUUUUCUCUUUUUUUUAAAUGAUUUACUUGUAUGGUAAACACCUUUCAUUACAGUAUUUAACAAUGUUAUUGUUAUGUGCGGUGUAUGAAAACAGUAAAUAAACACAAAGCUAAUGGA